UACAUACAAGGUAAUAAGUGUUAUUAUAUAUAUAUAUAUAUACAUAUAUAUACUAGCUAGCUAGUAAAAUGGGAAUUAGCACUAGAAUGAUGGUUUUAUGUAUAGUGGUAGCUUAUAUGGUUGUCAUAUCGCCCUUUGCUGAGGCUCUUACUUGUGGUCAAGUUGCAAGCAGUGUGAUACCAUGCCUACCUUACCUACAAAAAGGUAGUCCUUUGCCACCUGCUUGUUGUGCUGGUGUUAAGGGGCUUAAUAAUGCUGCAAACUCAACCCCGGCUCGUCAGACUGCCUGUAAUUGCCUAAAAAAAAUCUACAAUUCCAACGCCGGCAUCGAUGUGGGUAAAGCAGCCGGUCUACCUGGAAAAUGCGGUGUUAACGUUCCUUACAAGAUCAGCCCUAGCACCGAUUGCACCAAGAUACGGUAAGGCUGAAAUUAUCUACGCAUGAAAGAAAGAUCUAAUGUGUUGAUCCUUGAAGCUAGAUUGGAAGCAUAUAUAUUUAUAUAAUAACUUCAUAUAUAUAAUACCGAAGGUAGGCAGCUAGGGCAUCGUGUCCUCUUCUUCAUUGAAGACGUGUAUGACUUCAUAUGUGUCUUUGAUCCGUAAUGUCUUCGGUUAUAAAUAAUGCUCGUUAUAUCUCUAUCUUUACUAGCAACUUUAAGUAUAUGUAUGUGAAUGUGACCGAUAAAGGAAUUUGAUGGAUAAGGAUUUAAGUGUUGUGUUAACCUAAAAUAACAAGGAAAUGUAUCAAGAUUCCUAUCUAUCAAUAAUUUCUAAAGAAUUCUUGGAA